GUUUAUAAUUAUUAUUCUUUUUGGAGCACACCUGAAUUUAAACCUCUAGUGCGCAAUGCUGCGAGUCUCACUAUCUCUUCUCCUCCUGCAACUGUCUGUUGGAGCGCUCUGUGGAGAUGAUGUUAGAAAAAUUCUCCUCAAUACCCUCAUGGACAAGAAAGGGAGAUUCCCCCUGCACGACCAAGUGACCCCCUACCAUCCUGUGCUCUACUGCUAUCAAGGUGUGCAGCGCUACACUGUCGAGGGACUACAGAAAGCUUGGAGUGGGCUGGAGAUCACCAUAUCAGAGUUUGAUAAACUAGUGAUUGUCGUAGGCAAUUCAACUGAAAAUACGGUGAACUUGAUUCUAGGAGCGUCUAAUUACGAUGCUGAAGAGGGAGAGUUUAGAUUAGUUGCGUCCCCGUUCUUGACGCAGUGUCUGGGUGCAAGGUCCGCGAGUGGAGGUACUGAGAAUAUGACCUUGGACGUAAGGUCACGAGUAUUAUUGUAUCUUCCCGGGUUGUUGGUGAUAGGCUUGUUCCUGUUCUACACUGCACAUACUCUGAGCAGGAGUAUAGCGCUGUAUUAUGGAGGGGGUGUGGCUGUAGGGAUACUGGCUUCUGUUAUCAUACUCCUCUAUGUGUUCAGCAAGUUCGUACCCAAGAAGAAUGUUAUUGGGCUGGGUAUAUUUGCUGGAGGUUGGGCCAUAUUUGGAACAGCCAUCUACUGGUUUCUGGACCACCUCACGGAGACAGUGAGGGAGUACUGGUUGUACCUGGUGGCGUAUGUUCUUGUGGCUACUGUGAUCAGCUUUGCAGUGCUGUAUAGAAUGGGUCCUAUCUCCAAUCCUCGAACAUUUAACCUCAUUCAAUGGUCCAUUCAACUGGUGGGCCUGGCUAUGGUGUACUUCUCUACUCAGAUGUGGGAGUUGUCUCUCUGUGUGUGUCUACUAGUACUCCUCUCCUAUGCCCUGCCUUCAAGGUGCAACCCCAUUGUCCUGCCCUUCCUGCUACUGUACACCAUCCUCUACUAUGUACUGUAUCCUCUCAUUGUGUGUCUGAGAUGCUUCUCCUUCCUCAACCCAUUCUCAUGGACUGGAUCCCCGCCAAGAAUCAAGCUACUCACUCAAUAUGAGUAUGAAGAGCAAGGUCGUGUGGAGACUGAGAAAGCUUUAGAUGAUCUGAGGAAGCAUUGUCAGGAGUUGCCCACUAAAGAUAUGGUCAGUGUUAUAUCUCGCCUCAAGCGCUCCAACAGGUUCUCCAGUUUCCUAAACGGCAAUGACCACAUCAACACAGAGGAGCAAGUCGCUCACGAUUGGGAGCAAACUGAGUCGGACUCUUCAGAAGAUGAUCACAGCGAACCUUCUGAGAGGUACUCACAACACAGCUCAUCAAUGGACUCUUCACAACACGGCUCCCCUGUUAGACACCCACCCUCCCCCACCCCCACAUGGCGGAGACCACACCCCUCUCCCAGGCCGCACAGCCGAGUACCAUAUAGGACACAUGCAGCUCCUAAUUUCCACACUAUAUACUAUGUUUACACUAUUGAAUACGAUUUAUUGAAGUUAUUGGCUGCAUUGUUGAUAUAUAAGGAAGUUGCUAAUGACAUUCAUAUCAUUGUGAGUAACAAUCAUUCUACAAACAUGGAUGGACACCAUUCUGACAGUGAGAGCAACUCUCCGACUGACAACUACACAAGCUAUUCUCGAAUGAACUCUGAAGUGGUCGAGAAGCCAUCACACUUCGAGCAACACAGUGACUGUGAAGACAUUUUUGCCAUUCUGACAUCUAGCGGCUCUGAGAGCAGCCCCCCUAGUGACCAAGAGGUCUAUGUGCUGGACUACGGUGGCCUAUCUCCCUGCUCUAGCUCCAAGACAGAUGAGUCUGUGAAUGCUGCUGGUGAUUUGGAAGGCCUCGUAGACGAAGGUUUUGAUGAAGAAUUAGAGUAUGAGUUUUACGACAACGAAGAACUGAAGUUACCGUCUAACCCUGAUGAUGUUGACAUUAACGAUACAGAACUCCAACGCAUACUGAUUGAUCAGACAAGUACGCUACCUCUGUCCAACGCACUAUUGGAUGAUAUCGACUUUGGAGUGGACGUAUUUGAUUCUGAGCAAGGAUUUCAAUCACUGGACUGUUCUCUAAACAAGCCGUCUAGUCCCUACCACCAGCACACCCCCUCUCCCGUGAGCACGUCUUGUGACACAACCAUGCAACCAAGCACCACCUUCAAUAUAGACGCUGGAUCCUACUUUCCCGUGACCAGCUCGUUCAUCGACUUUGAGCCAAUCAAUACACAGUUAUAUACAAACUCUAAUAUUAUCGCAAGUACACCUCCAGGGGCGUCUUGGUGUAACCCCACACUAGGGUCUGUGAACAUUCCUCGGGAUGUCAUGGAUCUGAACGAAGCCUCAAGAAUGAUGACCACCGAACUAAUCCCACAAACAAACUCGUAUUUAAUGACACCUAUGUCUCCACAUACGCCAAUGUCAGAUGUGCACUCCCCGGGACCGUCGACCAAUCGAAUAAGCCGCUCCCUCUCGCCUGCCCCGCCCUCUCAGGCGUACAACUCCCCUAGCACACCACCCCCAAGCUCUGGUGCCUACUAUAUUCCCUCCCCAGCCGAGUCCUCGGGUUCUGUAUACAGUAACAUAUCGUUUAGUAACGUGGCUACUAUGGACGACCAGGCAGUUGUUGAAAUUCCCUUCCACAAGUUUAAGAAGAUUUUGGACGAUACUACAGUCCCUGAGAGUGAGAAGGACAGACUGAAGUGCAUUCGCAGGAGAGGAAAGAACAAAAUGGCUGCCAAGAAUUGUAGACAAAAGAAGAUGACGAUUGUUUGUGGCCUGCAGCAAGAGAUUGACCAAAUGAGGCUUGCUAAGGCAAGAUUGGCCUCCAAAACUAGAAGUCUAGAACAAGAAAUUGCUCAUUUUAAGCACUUGUGUACACACCGGUAUGCAUCUAGAUGACAUUUUUAACCUCUGUUUAUUUCUGUGUUCAUUGUUGUUUUUAUGUGCAGAUAUUUUGUUUUGGCAUAUAAUUUAUUUAGCAAUUCAAAUGUUUAUUAUUGUUUUUGAUCAUACGUGCACUUUCAACGUUGCAAUAUUAUAUAGGAUUCCCAUG